AUGGCUUCUAAACCAUUUCGUGGGGAGAGGUCCAUAAAACGUCUACCCCAGGAUGUCGUUGACCAGCUGAAGUCAUCGAUAGCUAUUGUGUCGUUGUCUGGCGUUAUACUGGAGCUCCUGAGGAAUGCUCUCGAUGCAGCAGCGGCCAACAUUGAAGUAACUGUCGACUUCAGUCGUGGAGACUGUGUAGUUGAGGACGACGGUAUUGGAAUAGCCCCGCAUGAGUUCAGUGCUGGUGGGGCCUUGGGGAAGCCUCACUGCACGUCGAAGUACGUCUCGAAUGAAGCGUGCUACGGCCGUCAUGGCAUGUUCCUCGCCUCGCUAGCUGCCGUUUCUCUUCUGACCGUCACAUCCCGCCACCAUGAGCACCGGUCCCUUAAUUCGAUCACAUUCCAUAAUUCACGAACCAUUGAGAGACGAAUUCCAGCUCCACCGCACGACGACCUCAAAUACGAGGCGCAUGGAACCAGGGUGACAGUGCGUAAUCUUUUUGGCAACCUUCCUGUGCGGGUCAAGCGAAGGUCUCUUUUGGCCGAUCAGAAAGGCGAAAAGGACCGGUUGUCGGACUUGUUGAAGCGAGAUGUAGUUGGACUUCUACUGGGCUGGCAACGGCCCAUUUCUUUGGUAGUACGCGACUCCGCUCGCAGAACUAUCGUCAAGCUGAACAGUCGAGCUCCGUCUCCGCACUCCGAGACCGCGCCCAUGGACUUAAAGGUCCGCUCACUAGAGCUACAAUACAUAUUGAACAUGUUCACACAGGCCGCUUGGAUUACCGUUUCAGAUUGGUCGUCUUGGGUCCCUGCGUCUGCUUGCACGUCCAGCAUUUCGAUAAAGGGAGCCAUCUCCCUUGAGCCUGCACCAACGAAGAGACUGCAAUUCUUGACCUUUGGAAUUUCACCAAUACCUAAUGAUAAUGGGCAUAAUGCCUUGUACGAAGAGAUAAAUCGAAUGUUUGGUUUAUCUAGCUUUGGCACUGUCGAGCAGGAUGCUGAUCUGGACGAGAACGAAAAGCUCCGCCGUCACAAUGACAACCGCUAUAAAACUGGUGGUUACACCAUUCGCCAGCUCAUAGGUCGCAAGGGGGUUGAUCGAUAUCCCAUGUUUCAUCUAUGUAUCCGCCUGAAGGACCAUGCGGCCGGUCGUCCAUAUGGCCAGCACUUUCUUGAUAAAGAGGCAAACGUCCAGGCGGUCAUGGAAGUACUUCAAGCACUGAUCACUCAGUGGCUUUCGAUCCACCAUUUCCGGCCCAGGAAGCAACAGCCCCGAGUCCCAAAAGACUCCCCCGGGCGCACCACUUCCGGGUUGAACGUAGCUUCGCCGGACGGGACUGGCAGAUUCUCUCGACCUUUAUCGGCACAGCCUGCCAGUCUGAAGAGGGAGUUGGCGAGACCUGAGCUCCAUCCGCCGUCGUCAAGUGCAAAGCGGCAGCUAUCUCUUAAUGAUUGGUCUCGGGUCAAGAGCGGGAAGGCUGACUUCUUCGAUCGCCUCAGAGGCCCGUUCAAGCGGCCAGAAAGUGCCCCUGAACAACUACAGGUCAGCCAUGAGUAUGCAAGUACGUUAUUGACAGCUGGCCAUGCAAGAUCCAACGUGGAUCCAGUUUUACCCGAUACGUUGAAUAAUGCAUUCGGAGAACGUCAGCCGCAUGAGGACGGUUCUGCCGUGGGAGAUGGUGAAGUAUUGAGCGAACUCGAUGACGACCAGACUAUUACCUGGACGGAUCCUCGGACCAAGACCGCCAUUUCGUUGAAUGCCCGAACGGGUUGUCUUGUUUCACGCCACGGUGCUCCAAUGCGUCACGAUAGACACGACCUCAAUGCUUCUUCAGGCCAUGCUGCACAAUCCAGUCAACAAUUACGCCUUAGGGAAAGAGCACGACCGGUAGCCGAGCAAGGCAAUACAUGGCUUGCUGGCUUGUUGCAGUCUUGGAACAACCCUAUCUUUAGCCCAUGCGAACAACCCAUUCAGCAGAUUUGCGUUGAGGAGCCAAAUCGGAAAGCAGAUGGGUAUCACCAAUCUCGUCACUUUCACAGCACGCAUGUGGCACGUACGAGAUUACUCAAUGGCUCAAUGGUGUCCUCAGGUUGCAAACUGUCACGAGAGGGUUUGCAAGGCGCCGAGGUAAUCGCUCAGCUGGACAAGAAGUUUGUUCUCGUGAAGAUGGCCAUCAGCUCCCAAGGACUUUCUUACGAACUUCCAAAUGUGAAUGUGCUGGUCUUGAUAGAUCAGCACGCUGCCGACGAGAGAAUCAAAGUAGAGGCGCUCUUUGCUGAAUUGUGCGCUGUUGAACCAGAGACCCGCAACCAGUAUUGCUCAAACUUGGGCCAUAGAUCAAGAGUGGCAGUCACUAUACUCGAAAAGCCGAUGCAUUUUACCAUCACUGUGCAAGAAUGUCAACUCUUCAUUACGCAUGCCAUCAGCUUCGCCGCAUGGGGUAUCUUGUUCGAUAUAUCGGAAAUAGAUUCAGCUACUAUCCUGGAUCCAGAUAGGGAGCGGCGGACCAUCUCCGUGACGGCUUUGCCUCCGGCCAUAUCAGAAAGAUGCAGAUCCGAUCCAAAAUCGCUGAUUGCAUUUCUUCGCGCCGCUGUAUGGAAAUACGCUGAACAGCUGUAUAACAGGGGUUCGGAAGACUUGUUCUCGAAACCUGCAUCUGAGGUGGCAGAACCUCCGCCUUGGGUGAGGCACUUGGCUUCUUCUCCGCAUGGCCUUGUGGAUUUGGUCAACUCUCGUGCUUGUCGUUCUGCUAUCAUGUUCAAUGAUGAGCUCAGCAAAGAGCAGUGCCAAGAACUUGUUUUGAGUCUAUCAAAAUGCGUCUUUCCAUUUGCAUGUGCUCAUGGGCGGCCAAGCAUGGUGCCCUUGGUCGCUCUCGACUCUCAAGAUAACGUUUCGGAGAAGUCGAUCACACAUACUCAUCCCUCUCCGCAAGAUUCUGGGACGGGUUUCGUGUCCGCCUGGAAAAGCUGGAGGGCUGCUUCGACCCAUUGA